AUGAGUGCUGUAGCCGCAAGAUCGCAACAAGACGACAAUGGCGAACAACCGGUUGUGAUGCAAGAAUUGACCGAGAAACUUGACGCGGUCGCGUUCAUUGAAGAAGAAAACCGUAUGCACCCUUCCUUGCAGCUUGCUUCCACUGCCCUACGCAAAGGUCUCACUUCAGCUGAACUUACGGACGUUGUGCCGGCAUCGCCUUCCACACCUACCAGCAUCUCAUCCUCAUCCACGGAGGGAACUCGUCCUGAAUCAGGCGCCAAUGUCAUUCUACUCAAACCUACAGACCUGAAAAGUAUUGGCGAGAACACACUUGGGCCACGUGAACAAGAACAUGCAGAUGAGGCUGUUUUACGAGGAUUACGGCAUCUCUUCAACAAUCGAUUCAUGAGUGCAAAAACCUUAUUUGAACAACGUGCUGACAGUGAUCCACUCUAUGCAUUAGCUUUAAGCUGUAUGGCUUUUUUAAAAGCUGUGAUGACUUCGGCUGAAAACGAUCAAACGAUGGCACUGAAUGCUCUCAAUACAACUUACAGCAUCGCAAAGGCACAACUUGAAGCAGCAAAGAGGACAUCCAAAAUAUCCGAUUACUUUUCAGGCUAUUACAACUAUAUCCGUGGCAACCGAUCAGGUAGCACGCCACCCGCUUCACCUUCAGUUACCACACCUCCCGCAACAACAUCACCCAACCAGCAAUUCCCAUCCAAUGGUGUCCUUCGUGCCCAUGUCAUCAAGGCCGAAUGUUGUCUUUUGACAGCUGUACUACAAUUGUUACAAGAAUCGGUGAUGAGCUACGUAAAAUGUGGACUUAAUUUGCGUCGAGCCUACGUGAGCUACAGUUUUGUUUGGCAGCAAUACAAAGCGAUGGGUGACAAUCAUGCAAAGUACAUGGACAGCGAUACCGUAUCAGGAGUACAAUUCGGCAUCGGAUCGGUUCAUCUUGUUCUUUCUGCUUUACCCGCCAAGAUUCUUAAAGCCAUUCAAGUACUGGGCUGGAAACCAGAUAAGGAGCUUGGGUUUAGUUUACUAAAAGAGUGUGCCGAGAAUAAGCGGAUACGUGCACCUAUGGCUACCGUCAUGCUUUUAGCAUACUAUGCAGCUGCAACUUCAUUUGCACCACAAAUCCUAUCAGAAAAAUACACCAACAUAGCCAUGGAGACUCUUCUCGAAGCACAACGUUAUUAUCCAAACUCUGCUCUCUACCUUUAUUUUGCUGGGCGAAUAUCGCGUAUUGCACUGGAUCUCUCUUUAUCGACACAAUCGUUCCUAUACGCAGCUGAUAUGACAAAGAAGGAUUGGGCCGAAGUACCUGUAGCCAAUGCAUGCAGUUACGAGAUGGCAUUGAAUCACAUGAUCACCGGCAAUUGGGAACAGGCAGCAUCCAGCUUUGAGACAUUAUGCAAACUAAAGUACUGGUCGCCGGCAUUUUGCAAAUACAUGGAAGGUGCAUGUCUUGAAAUGAUCCCUGGCAAACGUUCCGAAGCGAUUCUUGCCUUUGCACAAGUCCCAUCUCUCGUCGUCAAGAAAUUAGGUGGUCGCAUGGGGGACAUGGAUGCCUAUGCAUUACACAAGGUGCAAGCAUUUCAGGAGAGAGGAUAUCAAGAUAUGGAUUACUAUGCACCUGCCCUUGAAUUCUUAUGCAUCUGGAACUUGUUUCCAUACAUGACGCCCAAAGACCUUGAACAAUGCCAUCGCGUUGUCAGCCGAGCACUCGAAUGCAUCCAAAUCCAGGAGCAAGAAGAGUAUGAUAUCCGCAGUCAAGAAUUGGCUCCCGAAACACCUCCACCCGAUCAUUUCGACCAACGUGCAGUGCUAUUGCUCAUCAAAGCAUCCAUUCAAAAUGCUACAGGCAUCUCAAGUGCUGAAAAUACCAUCCUUCUCAAUUGGAUUGUUGAUCACAAGGACAAUUUUGCAUCUGAUACCUGGGUUGUACCUUAUGCGCUUUGGGAAGCGGGUGUAGCUGCAUGGAACGUGUCAAAUGGCAAUCGCAGCCGAUAUCUAUGGGAAAUGGCACUUGAAUUCUCUAAAUACGACUUUGAAUAUCGAUUGGCCGUGCGGCUUAAUCUGGCACUAUCACACGCUGAAGAGCAAGGCUAUACCGAACCCAUCCCUCAACCUGUCGAUGACAAGAAACGUUUCUCGGUCUCUUUACCAGCCAUGGCUACCAAGACGAAUGCUUAA